CUAGUCCUCGCACAGCACAAUAAAAUUAUGAGUAAAUAAAGAAACAAAACCUGAUAAUUCACAAAUCAAGAAAUUUCUCUUUGUUUAUCUCGCCCAAACAGUAGAAGCAAAAGAUUUCAACUUCUUCUUCUUCAAUUAUGGCUGUAGAACUAUGGGAAACAUUGAAAGAUUCUAUUACAGCUUACACUGGUCUAGCUCCGACUACUUUUUUUACCCUUGUUGCUCUAGCACUUGCUUUCUACUAUGUUGUAUCAGAGUUGUUUGGUUCACCUGAUAAUCGUCAUCAACAGAGGCCUAGAGAUUUCGAGGAACAGAAGCCUCUGCCACCACCAGUUCAACUUGGAGAGAUUUCUGGAGAGGAGUUGAAGCAGUAUGAUGGGUCUGAUUCAAAGAAGCCUUUGUUGAUGGCAAUUAAGGGUCAGAUCUAUGAUGUUUCACAGAGCAGAAUGUUUUAUGGACCUGGAGGACCUUAUGCAUUAUUUGCUGGAAAGGAUGCUAGUAGAGCUCUUGCCAAGAUGUCCUUUGAGGAGAAAGAUCUCACUGGUGAUAUCUCUGGCCUUGGUCCAUUUGAGCUUGAGGCCUUGCAAGAUUGGGAGUAUAAAUUCAUGAGCAAGUAUGUCAAGGUUGGGACUGUCAAGCAGACAGUGCCAGUAAGUGAUGGUGCAGCUAAUGAUGAAUCUGUUGAAUCAACCGAUCCUGAAACCAAGCCAGCAGAAGCUGUUGCAUCAGAGAGCGCUAAGCCAUCGGAAGAUGGCCCAUCUGGAAGCAGUGUCGCUGAAACCGUGGACAAGUCUGACGGUGAUGUUGACAAGAAGGACUAAUUGGCACUUCGGAGAACAGUUCUAUUGGAGAUACAAAAACAUGGCUUUGUGAAGAUAUGUGUAUUUAUCUCGUACCAGAUGAAUGUUGAUUCUAGAGUAUAGACUCCUUAGGUAUUCGAGUUACUCUAUCUAAUUUUGUGUAUGAAAUAAUGAACAAGCCUUUUAAUCUCUGCAAUGGCAGGUAUUGAUAGAGCUCAUACUUGAUUACCUAUCAGUAAAGUUUACCUAUGUCUGCAAGUGGUAGUAAUUCACCCUUUAUCUCAA